AUGGCAGCUCCAAAUCAGGCUGGUGUUUUUGGUGGAAAGGAUCCUUCAGCUUACAAUCCUGAAGACCCAGUCGUAUUGUUUAUUAUCCAGGCAAGCAUUAUCCUGAUCUUUAGUCGUGUGUUGGCUAUACCUCUUGGCUGGCUGCGACAACCACGAGUUAUUGCAGAAGUGAUUGCCGGUAUCAUUCUGGGCCCUUCAGUACUUGGUCGCAUUCCCAACUACAUGGAUAGCAUCUUCCCAGCGCCAUCUUUGCCCUUUCUCAAUUUGGUAGCCACCCUUGGCUUGAUCUUUUUCCUAUUUGAAGUUGGCCUUGAAGUGGAUGUACGGGUGAUACGUCGUGAUUGGCGUGGAAGCAUUUUCAUCGCUGUAGCCGGUAUGGCGUUGCCCUUUGGUCUUGGUAUUGCAGCUAGUGUGGGACUUUACAAGCUACAGAAUGAUCCCGAUGUCCCCUUCUCGAGCUUUAUGCUCUUUCAAGGUGUAGCGUUGGCAAUCACAGCAUUUCCAGUACUUGCUCGAAUCUUGGCAGAACUCAAAUUACUCAAAACACAAGUGGGAGCGUUGACCAUGGCAAGUGGAUUAUUGAAUGAUGUUACUGCAUGGGUAUUACUAGCGCUUGUGGUGGCUCUUCUCAAUGCGGGCAAUGGUUUGGAAGUCCUUUGGGUGCUCCUAACCACCCUGGCCUUUGCUCUCUUUCUCAUCUUUCUUGUGCGUCCAUUGUAUCGACGUCUUUGUUUUGCCACCGGAUCCAUCCAAAAUGGGCCGACCCCAUUGUUGAUGACUGUGACACUCGUCAUGGUACUUGCUUCUGCUUUUGUCACUGAUAUCAUUGGUGUUCAUGCCAUUUUUGGGGGCUUUUUGGCUGGUGUGAUUAUUCCACACGAUGGCGAUCUCGCGACCAAGAUUGCAGAAAAGAUUGAGGAUAUCGUCAACAUCAUCUUUUUACCAUUGUACUUUACAUUGUCCGGAUUGCAAACACAAAUUGGCCUUCUUAAUACUGGAGAGGUGUGGGGAUACGUCAUUCUAGUGAUCGUGCUCGCUUGCUUUGGUAAGAUUGUGAGUUGUACAGUGGCUGCCAAACUAGGAGGCAUGACUCUUCGAGAAUCAUUCGCUGUGGGUUUUCUCAUGAAUUGCAAAGGCCUUGUGGAGCUCAUUGUAUUGAACAUUGGACAUAAUGCUGGCGUGCUCAACGAUCAAGUGUUUGUGAUCAUGGUGGUGAUGGCGUUGGUGACAACCUUUAUGACAACCCCUUUCGUUAUGUGGUUGUAUCCUGAAUGGUAUCAAAAGCAACAAGCCGAAUUAAGACGUGAAGCUGCUCAAGGUGCUGCUGGUGGUAGUCCAAGUUGCAAGGUUAGCACAAUCGGCGCCGUGAGUUCAGUGAUUGCUCCAAGAUACAAGUUGGUGACGAUGCUCAAUGAUUUGGAGAGUGUACCAAGCAUGAUGGCAGUCAUUCGACGUUAUCGUCAAGAAGGUCAAGAACAGCUGGAACUCCAUUCGUUGCGUUUACGUGAGCUUACAGAUCGUGCCACUGAUAUCAUGAAGAUUCGAGAUGAGCGCGAGACCUUACGUUUUGAUCCCGUGUUGAAUGUGAUUCGCACGUUUGCUUCACUUAUUGGUGUCGAUACACUUCACACACGGCUUGAAUUUCUGGGACGGCAUGAAUUUCUCAAAGUGAUGAGUGAUUACAGCGAAUCAUGUGAUGCCGACAUUAUCCUCUUGCCUUGUCCGUCAAACCUUGUUUACAAUAACAACCAUAACUUGUACGACAACAACACCAAUGAUGACCAGCUUGCUCAUGAUCCAGAUCAAGACUUUGUCAAGGAAGCGCUAAACAUUGAUCGCAUAUCAGUGGGAUUGUUGAUUGAUCGUGGCCUCGCAGCAUCGUUGCCAACUUCGCCAUCAAAACAACUCACAAAAGAUACAAAGCAACUUGCAGAUGAUCCUUUUGGCAAUAUGAAUAUCGUUGUCCCUCUUGCAGGUGGUGCUGAUGAUCGUGCGGCUUUGUUGUUUGCGCUACGUUUGAAAGCUUCACGCACACACAUUUUGCAUGUCGCCAUGGAGACCAAUACAACAAAUAGUAUCCAACGUUACGCAACCAUGCAAUCAAUCAAGAAUACCCUUGCAACAGCUACGCCCUAUACUGACGAUGCCACAUUCUUGAAUACCCUCUUUGUGGCCAGUGAACCAGAUGCUUCUGCCCUCAUUGAAUAUGCCGCCGUUGAAGAUGAGCGUCUCACACCUACUACUUUUACGGCACACUAUGCAACCCAAAACCUAACUAGGCAGGAUCUCGUUAUCGUGGGACAUGAAUCAGCACAAGCCCUUGGAUUCCCUACUCAACGCUUUGCUUUCCUGACAUCGAGUGUCCUUGUCGUACGUGCAUCGAUAAAAGCUGGAUCGAGUACUGCUACCGAGCAAUAA